UAUUGUGAAAAAAUGUCGGACUCCGAAGCCAGCAAUGUUUCAGAUAGUGGAUCGGACGAUGGAUCCAUAUCUAACAAGUCGCAACAAAGUGUUAGAUCCAAAUCUGGCCCACGCUCAAGGUCAAGAUCGAUUUCCAGAUCUAGGUCCAGAUCCAGAUCCAGAUCCCGAUCCUCUCGCUCACGUUCUCAUUCAGCCCAUUCGGGCUCCGGAUCCGAUUCUCCACAGCCCCAAGGAGGACGUGGACAUCGUCGCAAGUCCGAAGAUUCCGAAGAUGAAGAUCAACAAGGAGAAGAAAUAGAUUCUGAAGAAUACGAAGAGGAAGAAAACGAAGAUGAUCAUCCACGAAAGAAAAAGAAAAAGGAACGCUUUGGUGGCUUUAUUAUUGACGAAGCUGAAGUAGAUGACGAGGUUGAUGAAGACGAUGAAUGGGAGGAAGGUGCCAAUGAAAUUGGCAUUGUUGGUAAUGAAAUUGAUGAAUUGGGUCCCACGGCCAGAGAUAUUGAAAUCAGGCGUAGAGGCACCAAUUUGUGGGACACCCAAAAAGAGGAUGAAAUUGAGGAAUAUCUAAGAAAGAAAUAUGCCGAUGAAUCAAUGGUUAAGCGACAUUUUGGCGAUGGAGGCGAGGAAAUGUCUGAUGAGAUCACUCAACAAACACUUUUGCCCGGCAUCAAAGAUCCUAAUUUGUGGAUGGUAAAAUGUCGCAUUGGAGAAGAAAAAGCGACGGCAUUGCUCUUGAUGAGAAAGUUCUUAACUUAUUUGAAUACGGAUGACCCAUUGCAAAUUAAAUCAAUUAUCGCGCCAGAAGGUGUUAAGGGAUAUAUUUACUUGGAAGCCUAUAAGCAAACUCAUGUGAAGACAGCCAUCGACAAUGUGGGAAAUCUUCGCAUGGGCAAAUGGAAACAGGAAAUGGUGCCAAUUAAGGAGAUGACAGAUGUCCUUAAAGUAGUUAAAGAGCAAGUGGGACUUAAAGUGAAGCAAUGGGUGCGCUUGAAGCGCGGUUUAUACAAGGAUGACAUUGCCCAAGUAGAUUAUGUUGAUCUGGCCCAAAAUCAAGUGCAUCUCAAGCUUCUUCCUCGUAUUGACUAUACCAGAUUGCGCGGUGCAUUAAGAACGACAGCAACGGAAAGUGACGAUGGCAAGCGCAAGAAAAAACGUAGACCACCAGCAAAACCCUUUGAUCCGGAGGCUGUCAGGGCUAUUGGCGGCGAAGUUCAUUCUGAUGGUGAUUUUUUGCUAUUUGAAGGCAAUCGUUAUUCGCGCAAGGGUUUUCUUUAUAAAAACUUUACUAUGUCGGCAAUUCUGUCUGAGGGCGUAAAGCCCACACUGGCCGAACUGGAGCGUUUUGAAGAAGCGCCCGAGGAAGUUAAUUUGGAAAUUAUGGCAAACGUUAAAGAUGAUCCAACAGCUGCUCAUUCCUUCUCAAUGGGUGAUAAUGUUGAGGUUUGCGUUGGUGACUUAGAAAACUUACAGGCAAAGAUUGUUGCUAUUGAUGGCACAAUGAUUACGGUGAUGCCAAAACAUCAGGAUUUAAAGGAUCCACUUAUUUUUAAAGCAAGCGAGCUACGCAAAUACUUCAAAACGGGUGAUCAUGCUAGGGUGUUGGCUGGCCGCUAUGAAGGCGAAACUGGUCUCAUUAUACGCGUUGAGCCCUCCCGAGUUGUGCUUGUCUCGGAUUUAACAAACCACGAACUUGAGGUUUUGCCACGCGACUUGCAGCUCUGCUCAGAUGUAGCAACCGGAGUUGAUUGUCUUGGCCAGUUUCAAUGGGGCGAUCUAGUGCAGCUUGACUCACAAAAUGUUGGUGUUAUAGUGCGUCUUGAACGAGAGAAUUUCCAUGUCUUGGGCAUGAAUGGAAAGUGCAUUGAAUGCAAGCCAACGGCUUUGCACAAACGCCGUGAAAAUCAGAAUACUGUCGCCCUGGAUGCUGAUCAAAAUCAGAUACGCCGUCGCGAUAUUGUCAAGGUUAUGGAGGGCCCUCAUGCCGGCCGCUCUGGAGAAAUAAAGCAUUUAUAUCGUAGUUUGGCUUUUCUCCAUUGUCGCAUGUACACCGAAAACGGAGGUAUUUUUGUGUGCAAGACGCGUCACUUGCAGCUCGCUGGUGGGAGCAAGUCUAAUGUCAGCAAUCCUAAUACACUUGGAGGAUUGGGAUUCAUGUCGCCACGAAUCCAAUCUCCUAUGCAUCCGUCUGGUGGCCGUGGGGCGCGUGGUGGCUCACGCGGUGGACGAGGCGGCUUCCGAGUGACGCGCGAUCGAGAGCUUCUGGGAAAAACUAUUAAAAUUUGUGGUGGACCCUACAAAGGCGCUGUUGGCAUUGUAAAAGAUGCAACUGAAAGCACAGCGCGUGUCGAGUUGCACACGUCGUGCCAAACAAUUUCAGUGGAUCGCAAUCACAUUGUUAUUGUUGGCGAGCCUGGCAAAGAAGGCAGUGUAUCCACCUACGGUCGCACACCGGCCCGUACACCCGGCUAUGGAGCACAAACGCCCAGCUACACUGCUGCUGGCUCUAAGACUCCCUUGGUUGGCAGUCAGACACCCAAUUGGGAUACAGAUACUCGUACACCUUACGGUACAAUGACGCCGUCUCAUGAUGGCAGCAUGACACCACGUCAUGGCGCAUGGGAUCCUACAGCAAAUACGACACCAGCUCGUAACACAGACUUUGAUUAUUCGUUGGAGGAGCCAAGUCCAAGCCCAGGCUAUAAUCCAAGCACUCCGGGCUAUCAAAUGUCCUCACAAUUCGCUCCACAAACGCCUGGAACUCUGUAUGGGUCGGAUAGAAGUUAUAGUCCGUUUAAUCCGAGUCCCAGUCCAGCACCGUCGCCAUAUCCAGUUGGAUAUAUGAAUACGCCAUCGCCAUCGACCUAUUCACCGAACACACCCGGUGGUGUGCCACAAUCUCCUUACAAUCCACAAACGCCUGGAGCUAGCCUUGAUUCGACGAUGGGCGACUGGUGCACAACUGAUAUUGAGGUUCGGAUUCAUACACACGAUGACACUGAUCUCGUUGGCCAAACUGGAAUUAUUCGCACAGUAUCGAAUGGAGUUUGCUCUGUAUUUCUUCGUCAAGAAGAUCGUAGCGUGUCCAUUGUUAGCGAGCACUUGGCACCUGUACCACCCAAUAGCGGCGAUGAAUUCAAGGUCAUUUAUGGAGAAGAAAGAGAAUCCGUUGGCAAAGUAUUGUCCAAACAGGACGGUGAUGUGCUCGUCUGUAAGAUAAACGACGAUGUGAAAAUGUUACCUGUUAAUCAUUUAUGCAAGAUGAAGUCCAUUGAUUAGGCAACGAAAUAUUACCAUUAUUUGAC